CUGAGGAGUUAAAAUGAAAAGAUCCUUGACCUGGGCAAGCAGGAACCCUUCAUGAAGAGAGGCCAACCUGAAAGUGGCUGUUGAAAGCUCCAGUUGCACGCAGAAACCACACGCAUACAAGGUUAAAUCAACUGUAUAGGUGCCUUUCUGUUCGGCUACAGUGGGCAGUCUUGCUUUAAGACAUCUCGCUCUCCCACUCGCAAGGCGGUAUUGUCAUACACACAAGCACGCCUGCACUCACACAUGCGUGUGCACACCAAUCAGUACACUGGGAAGAGGAGAGACUCGUAUUGAGUGGCUUCGCAAUGGGAGAGAAGAGCUGAGAGGAGAGAGGGACAGAGAGAGCGAGCGCACGAGAGAGAAGUGCCGUCGCAUGUGCAAGACCAAAAAGUGAAGAGGCAAAUUAGCUUGUUAUCUCCCAAAGAAGCUUCACCUUCAGAGAGAAGCGUGAGGAGGCUGAGAAACAGGAGGAAGACGUUGCUUCUCUGGUGAUUUAAAGGUGACAUGACAAGCCUCUCGUCCCUCAAAUCCCAGCUAGUUUCUGACAGCGUUUCACAGCUGUGACGGGAGUUUCUGUUGGCGGGUGCCUGACUGUGUUCGGUGGAUUGCAGCCAGGAGGACUUACAACAGAAGAGGGGAUCAAGGGCAGGAGCGGGAACAAAAGUCUCCUCAUCCCCCCUCUGACCCACAGAUCCAAACAGGAACUUUUGCUGGGAAGCUCUUUCCCGAGAGCAUGGAUGGAUUUAUGACUAUGUGCUAAGGAUAUUGGGUGAACAGCUGACGGCACAUUUCUUUAACAUUCUUCUCACGGUAUCUCACAGCCGUUGCUCCUGCCAUGUCCUGGCUCCCGUGUCUGUGGAUAAGUGUUAGCUGCUUACUGCUGUGCCACGCCACUUUGUAUGAGACCAUCCAACAGCAUCAUGUGACCCGCCCGGGCCGCAACGCCAUACAGAUACUGGAGGGAGGAACAUGUGAGGUCAUUGCAGCACACCGAUGUUGCAACAAGAACCGCAUUGAGGAGCGUUCCCAGACCGUCAAGUGCUCGUGUUUACCGGGAAAAGUGGCCGGAACAACACGGAACAAACCCUCCUGUGUAGACGCCUCCAUCGUGAUUGGGAAGUGGUGGUGUGAGAUGGAGCCGUGUCUGGAGGGAGAGGAGUGUAAGACACUACCAGACAACUCCGGCUGGAUGUGUUCCUCUGGGAAUAAGAUCAAGACCACAAGGAUUCAUCCCCGGACCUAACAAAGAGCUCCUUCACAGGCAGUGAAUGUGGAUUCUUUCUGUCAGAAUGGACGAAACCAUUCAUUCCAAGGGGUGUUUGACUGGAUUACCUGUGACUGAACAAUAAAGAAGGACAUUUUUGGGGAUAAAGACCAGAUUUGCUCAUUCGGUGCCAAGGAAUAUGACAAAUAGAAAUAAAGCAGGCUAAUCUGUAUUUUUGAUCAAUGAGCCCAACACUGCGGACUCUACCGUGUCUAAUUCUCUCGAUUUUCUGCGUUUCUCCUCACCACCUUCCUCUGGUUCUAAACUCAUACAGCUUAGGGGAGCCGUUUACUGGAUUUCAAAUUAUAUUUGAUAUAUUUCAAAACUUUAUGUCCCUAGGUAAACUGGACAAUCCUGAUAUAAACUGUGAAUGACUGUAUGAAGGAUCAUGACGGAUAAGCACUGGUCUGUGAAAAUGAGGUGGAAAUCAAUAGGAGAUUUUUUUUUCCAUUCCACCACCAGUUUGUCGUUCUGUGUCCGCACUGGCUUUGGUAAAAGACUAGGAGCUCAUGAAGCCCUGCUAUUUCCCUCCACUUCUGAGUUUACCGCUCACCGCUAGUGUCCACAUGCUGUCAAUUUGGAAGAUUCCCCAGGUCAAAGGUCACCUCACUGUCUACAACUGCUUGGGCCAGAUAUCUUUUUAUUUGUCGGCAUGCUCAAUGUAUUUUGUGGGAGCUUUGUAUUGAAAGUAACUGUAUAUAUACAUAUAGAUACAUAUUAAAAGACAUCAUAUGACGAUCU